UUGGAGGGCGGCUACUAAACAUCUUAGUCUCAAGCAUGACAAAUUCAAAAGUGCUGGACAGGAGGCGCGGACGAGCUUGGGGCUUCCGACUCCAAGAAGAUAAUCAAGGAGACCGCUGAAGACCGCAUCCCCUGCAAGGCACACGCCUUCUCCGUGCUGCCUUGCCUUCAGGACACAAGCCACACAAGCCACACGCCCACACCACACUACGGCAGUAGGUGGGGCUCUCCUCAACCCGCCCCCUGGCCCGCGAACGUGCGUAAGAGGCCAGAGGUGAGAGGUCACGCAGGCGUCAUGGCGGCGCUGUGUGGGUACCAUGCCAGGGCUGCAGGGAGCCGAUUCCUAAGAGCGCUUCUCUUCUCCAAGCCCUUUCGAAAUGCAAGCACGGAGAGUGGUUCCGAGAGCAUGGUCGGCGACUCCUCCGCUCCUCUGGCGCGCUCAGGCGGCUUCGCGAGCGCUCUCGAGCGACUCUCGGAGCUGCAGCGGAAGGCGGAGCACGGACCGGAGUCUCCAAAAAAUGUAGAAUCCUUUGCUUCCAUGCUGAGACACUCUCCGCUGACAGAGAUGGGGCCUGCCAAGGACAAACUGGUCACUGGGCGGAUCUUUCACAUUGUGGAGGAUGAUCUCUACAUAGAUUUCGGUGGCAAGUUUCACUGUGUUUGUAAAAGACCGGACGUGGAUGGCGAGAAGUACCAGAGGGGCACCAGGGUCCGGCUGCGACUUCUGGAUCUUGAGCUAACAUCUAGGUUCCUGGGUGCAACCACAGAUACAACUAUACUGGAGGCCGAUGCAGUUCUCUUAGGACUCCAAGAAAGCAGAGACUCAAAAUCGAGAGAGGAACAACUCAACAAGUAAAUGGACUGUGCUUGGUUCAGUCAGACAAGCUCUGUUUUGAGCCCAGACAGCUGUCAAGAAUGCAGUUAGAACACUGUGGAUAAGUGAUUGAAUAAAGUUGUAACAAAUCAAA